CACACGCACCGGCGUGAAAUCCAACUACUCAACUCGAAAGCUAGCGGUAGAAUCAACCCAAGCCACCCCUUCAUACACAAAGCAAUCAUUGGGGGACAUAAAAGGCAUGGGGUGGUGGAGCCUGCAGCGUACCUACGCAGUUUUCAAAGUGGACCGAGCUUGAAGCCAUUCCUUGUAUUUAAAGGUAUCCGGAUAUCUAGUGACCCAGUGUAGACCGUUCUACGGACAUUUCCUUGCCGUUUCUCGAGUGAUAUUUUGUUUUUGGCACAAUGGGGUGCUGCAGCGGCCGAUGCACGCUCAUCUUUCUCUGCUCGAUUCAGCUGAUCGUGGCGUUGGAGAGGCAGGUUUUUGACUUCCUGGGAUACCAAUGGGCGCCCAUUCUGGCCAACUUCUUCCACAUCAUCAUUGUCAUCCUCGGCUUCUUCGGCACUAUACAGUACCGACCACGCUACAUUGUAGUGUACACAGUGUGGACAGCUCUCUGGGUGGCCUGGAAUCUCUUCAUCGUCUGUUUCUACCUGGAUGUGGGAGGCCUGACCAAGGAAAGUGACCUGCUGACGUUUGACAUCUCGGCUCACCACUCGUGGUGGAGGGAGCACGGUCCAGGGUGUGUGAGGAGAGAGAUGACCCAGCCAGUGGUGGGCACCGUGGACAGCCAGUCUUACAUCUCUGUCAUGGGCUGUCUCAUAGAGUACCAGUACAUAGAGAUCCUACACAGUGCAACACAGAUCCUCAUCGCUCUCCUGGGCUUCGUGUACGCCUGCUACGUCAUUAGCGCCAUCACUGAGGAGGAAGACAGCUUUGAUUUUGUUGGUGGAUUUGACCCCUUCCCUCUCUACCAUGUCAAUGAGAAACCAUCCCACCUCCUCUUAAAGCCCAUGUACCUGUCUACGUAAAUAGGGCAGAAGGCAACAUUGCAGUUUCCGAUGGAAACAAAGUGGCUGCUCUGACUGACACAACAACCGUCCGAGAAUUCACUGGGGCAGGCCAGACAUUCCUCUGGUUCUCUACAUCUCUUCAGUCCUUCAAACAUGUAAAUUACUGGUGCUCUGCUUAAGGAUGACUGUACUUCCCAGUUCUGUUGUUAGUGGGAGGGAAGGAGAGGAUAGGGUUGGGGGAUGGGGAGGGGGUAAUUACAGUGUAACAUGGGCCUGAUCUCUUACUGUGUACUCAAAUAUAAAUUAUAAAUUAUAAAUUAACUACAAACGGCAUCCGACAACAGAGACGUACAGUACCUGCUGUCAAUGGCUGUAUUUCUGUCCAUUGUUCUAUCAGAACUAGUGAUCUAUCUAUAGAUCAUAGCUAUAAAUACAGUACCAGUCAAAAGUUUGGACACACCAUUCAAGGGGUUUUCUUUAUUACUAUUUUCUACAUUGCAGCAUAAAAGUGAAAACAUCGACGCUUUGAAAUAACACAUAUGGAAUCAAUUAGUAGCCAGCCUUUGCCUUGAUGACAGCUUUGCACACUCUCACAUUCUC